GUCACGAGUUCUCAGUUUGCGCAUAGCCGCCGUAAAGUAAGGAUGUGCUGUGUCGUUCGUCACCUCCUUCUAUUCAAGAAGACAAAGAGAAAUUAGGACUACGGUGUAUCUACGUAAUAUUUAUACUCGUCACCCGUGUCUUAUCGAUAUUUCCAGGCUAAUUAGGCGACUGACAAAUGAACUCACAUCAUGACAUCCCGUAAAAACUUGGCUGUUAUAUUAACGACAGUACUUGGAAUUUUCACGAUUAACAUUCACGCCAGAUCCUGGGAUAUAGCGAUCGCGAUAGGGCGUGAAGUUGAAUUUCUCGCACAAAAUCAGACGAUAAUCGGACAGGCAAAGUUAGCGGAAGCUGUGACUCUAUCGGGGGUGGCCUACGAUGAUAUCACUAGAACAAUGUAUUUUAGCGAUGUGAGUAACAAGAAUAUAACCAUAUUCAGUAAUGACCUGGAGGACAAGAAUUUCACGUUGAAACCGUUACUUAAAAAACAAAGCAAAAGUUACAUUCUUGCGCUUGCCUUUGACAUAAAGAGUCGAACCCUAUUUUGGAGCGACGCUUUGCAAGGAGUGAUCAUGAAGAUGCACGUAUCAGAAGAUGGGCUACCGGAAGAACCAACGAUCCUCCACAAUUUAACGUACCAGAGCCCACGCGGUAUCGCUCUGGAUGUAUGUAACAGUCACAUAUACUGGGUAAAUAGUAAUAAUACAAAUCCAAGUAUCGAGAAGUCGAAUCUAGACGGAAGCAAUCGAGUAACAGUGAUCAAAGAGGAUUUAUACGAGCCACUGGCUGUCGCUAUAGAUCACAGUAACAAGAAGCUAUAUUGGAUUGACGAUGCAGAAGGCCUAAGAAUAAAAAUCGAGCGCAGCAAUCUCGAUGGUUCCGAGCGUGAACUAUUGGUUCACCCUAAGCGUCAUCAACCAGUGUACCUGGCGUUAGAUCAUAACUCGAUAUAUUGGUCCGAUCUGGUGCACAGAGCUGUUUGGACAAUACCAAAAGACGCGAAGUUUGACGAGCCAAAGAUGUUUCGCUCGUACCAGUCAACUCAUGACGCCGAUCCAGCUGGGAUCGUAACCCGUGAUAACGUUGGCAAAGUAGAAUGCCCGGUGAAUACGAAUGUAACACAAAAUACUAACCCGACGAACUUGUCGCUUGACGAAAAGUCGUAUAAUAAUUUGAUAACCAGCACAGAGGAAUCGGAACUGACCACAGAGACGUCCAAACACUGCCUGAAUGAUGGUCAUGUGGGUGAGAAGGAAGGAACGUGCCAGUGUAGGCUUGGAUUCACUGGACCGUAUUGCGAGAUGAAUCUUUGUCACAAUUACUGCUUCCAAGGCAAUUGCAGUAUAAAUAGUGACGGAUUGCCCACAUGUAAGUGCAAUAACGCAUUUAUUGGACCAAGAUGUGAAACAGACCUCUGCAAAGACUACUGCUUGCAUGACGGUCAAUGUUCCGUCCAAGAUGAAAAACCAGUUUGUAAAUGUAAAUAUUCCGAAGGAUCUCGUUGCGAGAUUUUAGGCAAUACUGCUGAACUUUGUGAAAUAAUUUGUGCAACAGAACGAGUUCCUACUAGCAUCGUUACCGCUCAUUGCAGGUGUCCCGAAAAGAAUCGCCUUGCACAAAUGGUGAUAGCUAAAGAGGAAAAUGAAUAUAGUACGUGGCUACCAAUUUUCGGUGCAGCCGUUGGUGUACUUAUUCUUGUAAUAGCCGUACUUAGUUUUUAUGUAAAUAAAUUCCGAAAACGGCCACGCAUCAAAAAGCGUUUCGUCGUCAGUAAAGGUGGUGUGACACCACUCACAUCUCGGCCACAAUUGCCGGACAAUCAGUGUGAAAUAACCAUAGAGAACUGUUGCAACAUGAAUAUCUGUGAAACUCCAUGUUUCGAACCAAAAUUAUGUGUGGCAGCGUCGGGAGCUAAUGUUUCUAAGAAAGAGGAGAAGAAUUCUUUACUCGAUAAUAUGGAGGAGAAUUCGUGGUAGCAUAAACUAAUAUUUGGACGUGUCAAUUGGCAAAGAUUUUAUGGACUUAACAGGAAAUCCGUCAAAAGUUUAACUUCGCGGAACUGCACGUCUGUACAUACCGCAGAAUGCUGUAGUAUUAUUGUUAUGAUUAAUAACGAUGCUUACAAAAUGUACGGGAACACCAUGACAAUGAUAAAGUCAGAAAAAAGAAAGCCAAAGGUCUUUUCGAGGACUCUUAAUUUUUAUUACAUCAUAUAAUAUGUAGGGCUGUGUUCAUAUAAAAAUUAUUUCAUCUAGUUGUUAAAAGGUUAUCAAUUUUUGUUAAAGAUAUGUAAUUAGAUAUUUUUCGUAGGAGAACAAGAAAUCUUAAGUCCUAUGGCAUUUUUUAACUGCCUUGGUGUAUAAAUACAUAGAUAUAUGUAUACAUAUACACAUAAAAUUUAUAAAAGUUUUAUAUAGUACUUUGUUCAAUAUUUCUUGGUUCUCUGAUUUAUUCGUCAUUCGUUUUUAUUUUCUGUUCCACUCUUUGUUUUGAAGUUGUUUCAGUAAUAACAAAUUAUAUCUCAAAAUAACUAGCUCUGUAAAUUAAUCCUGAGUGCAACCGAAAGGGUACAUGAAACAUGCCUUAAUUGCUAGGCUUAAAGAUUGCUCAAUGUACCACUGAUUGUGAGUACAAUUCUAAAAAAAAUUUUAAUUUUCAUUGCAAAAUUAUUGUAAUGAACUGCAUUAUGUUUAUGAAAAAGAAAAAUGAACGUUUCUAAUUAAGAUCGUCAUCGAGUUUAAGUUUUAAGCAUUAAAUUAUUAAAUCGAA